AUGGGCUUAUGCCUGCGUAUUACUCGUUUUACAGUUUAAAAUAACUAUACAAUUAGUAUGAUAUUAUAAUGAGUUUUAUUUUCUUAAAAUUCUUAAUAUUUUAUACAUAAUAUUUAUUGAGUUACCUAACUAUAUUUUUAUAAGCCACCUUCCUAGUCUCUUAUUCUUAUUUAAUUUUUGAUUGAUGUGCCUUGAAUAUUAUCAAGAUGGAACAUAUUAAAACUCCAAAAGUAAAUUACAUACUUUUUAGUCUAGAUAAUUUAAUGAUUAAUAUUCAAAUUCAUAAUACUUUUGUUGGAAAUAUACUUGUUUAAUGGUGGAUAUUAUAAUAUAUUGGGUGCUUGUGGCUGAGGCUAACACAUAUUGUGCAUGUGUGCUAGAUAACUAGAUUCCUUCUCAUAUUCUAGCCUACUCAAUACUUAUAACCCACCUACCUGUAGUAUUUCUUUAUUUCUCCUGGAGAGGUUAUGGCAAGUCGUUUGUUCUCUUGUAGUUAUCAUAGUAGACCUAACCCAUGGUUGUUGUGCAUGCUUUUGUAGGACACGCAGUGAGUUGUGUGUAUAAAAUCAUAACACACGCAGUUGUAUGGCCGAAAAAGACAGGUUCGUGUCACCGGCCGGCUUCCGUCUGUAUCGUUUGUCGUCAGUUCCUGGAUCGUAUUCACUGUUCUGUCGCUUCAGGUCGUGGCUACAGCGUGAGGCUGCCAUGGCCAGAGUGGCCAGGCAACAGCAACAGGACAGUUCGGUCAUUAAAAAGGUACAACGUGGUUAUUGAUAAAAUGGCUUAAACCUCUUUUAAAAUAACUUAUAUACAUUUUAAUUCUACCAUUUUAUCUUAAAACAUAUAAUCAAAUUAUCAGUUUUUAAUUCAAAGUUAUUUUACCAGCAUUAUUAUUAUUAUCCAUGUAAUAUUCCAGUUUCGUACACCUUGGUAUUAUUAUUUUUUAUUACAUACCUAAUAUUAUAUUAUAUUUGUUGAAGCAACUAUAAUGGACUAUAAUAAUAUGAAAUUGUUUUUCCAUAUUUUAAUUUAUCACCAUAAUUCACAUUAAGGUAAACUAACAUUAUACUCUAUGUUGGUUUUAUAAUUUAAUACCUAUCUAUAAGAUCUGAACACAUACAUUUUAUAUGGGGGUGAAAAAUAUGCAUACAAAUAUUAACAUUUAUUAUUAUUAGAAUUUAUUUUAAACCACUUGAAAAAAAAUGAAUAACACUUAAUGCAGAUAAUAGUGUCUAUACUAAUUACAAAAAUUAUUGAUAUUUAAAAUAUUAAAAGUUAUUAUAUUUUAUAAAAGUAUCUACUAAAAAUAGUUAAUUUACAAACAAUUUUAAUUUUAGAUAGCUUAAAAUGUGUUGACAUUUUUACCCAAGUGUUGUUAUCUAUUGUUGUAAACUUUUCAAUUAAAAAUUAAUUAUCUUACUUUCUAAUUGGUCUAUUAUUCCUAAUUGUAUAACCUUUUAUUAUUAAAUUCAAUAAACUAUAUAUAUAUAAAAACCCUAUCAAAAUAUAAAUUUGUUAGGAUGCGAUCCAUAGCUAAUCUAACAUUUGUUGGGUUAUUUAAUAAACACAUUCUUAUGUCUUCUUAUACAUAAACUUAUAUUCCUUAUAGUAAUUUUAUUUUAAUUAUGUAGUCUUUCAGGUAUAUAACAAAAUAAUUUUUUUUUAACAAAAAUGAGCAAGCUUGAGGUUAGUAUAAAAUAAUUAGUAAUUUCAUAAUAUACUAAACCACAUUGGAGCAAAUAGCUGAAUGAUUUAUUAGAUCUUGGGUCUCACAAAAAUACAUUAAAAUAUAAUUUUUAAGGCAAUCGGUAGAACAAUUAUUUAAGUAGAUUUCAUUAAUAAUUUGUCCAUGGCAUUAAAAUUCUUAAGAAUAAGUAAAAUUUUAUCAUAUAUUUAAUUUAAAUCAUACCAAAAAAUACGAAAAACAAAAUCAGUAUUUAAAUUUUUAGAAACCCUAAUAAAUACUGUUGUUUUUAAAAUAGAUAAAGAAAAUAAUUAUAAAAUACAAUUGUUUCUUAAAAAUAUAAAAUACAUGGUGUAACAAUUGAUAUUAGAAAAUAUAAAAUUAUGUUCCUAUUUUAAAAUGUUCAACAAUAUCAUGCACUUAUUUUUUUUUAUGUGGUUUAUCUUGAAAUAAUUUGUUUGUGUUCUGCUUUUUAAAUAAUAACGACCUAGAUUAAAAAAUUAAAACCUAAAGUUGUAUUGGUAUUUUAUAGAUAUAAUUAUGUAAAAAAGUAACUAAAUUUUUAAUCUUCAAUAGUGUUUCACUUACCUAACCUAACCCUUUGCCUUUCAUUGAAAUAAGCUUAAGUAGCUCACACCAUAAUAUGCUGUUAACAUAAGAUGCUUAUACAUUAGUACUUAACAUUAUUUAAUGUAUAUUCAAAUUUAAUGAACUCAUUUAGAAGCGUGUGCACUUAUAUUUCCAGAUCGAAAAUGUACGAAUGUUAGAUCGCUAUAAUCCUAAGAAAACAUCAGUUGGUACAUUAUACCUAACAGCUACUCAUUUAAUAUUUUUUGAUACUGAAAACAAUAAAGAAUCUUGGGUGCUAUUAAUGCACAUAGGCAAUGUUGAAAAAUUACCUCUCACAACUACUGGCAGUCCAAUAUUAAUACGAUGUAAAACAUUCCUUUCUGUCACAUUUGUGAUACCAAAAGAAAGAGAUUCGCACAAUAUAUUUACAUCACUUCUUGUUCUCUGUCAACCUGGUUUGUAUUUACAUUUUUUCAUAAUUUUAAUUUAUUUAUUAUAAACUAACACCUAACGGCUUUUCAAAUAAUUGUAAAUAUAAUUAAAUUACAAAGCUUAUUAAAUAUCAAUUUUUAAGUUAUUAAAUCUAAUAAUCAUUUUUGUAUAGACAAAAUUGAGGAUCUUUAUUGUUUUUUAUAUAAGUCAAAUUCUGAUAAGCUAUCAAAGAGUGCUGGAUGGGAUAAUUUCAAUUUAGAAAAAGAAUAUAAAAGAAUGAAUGUACCAAAUGAAUUUUGGAGUUUAACAACAUUAAAUCAAGAUUAUCAGGUAGAUUAAUAUUUUAAAAAUAUGCUAUAAUAAACCAAUAUGUUUAAUAAAUAUUGAUAAUUAUGAAUUAUUAGUUGUGUGAUACAUACCCAAAGUUCCUUUUUGUACCAUCAUCUGUGAAUACAUCCAUUUUAGUGGGCAGUUCAAAGUUUCGUAGCAAGGAACGGUUACCUGUUCUUACAUAUUUACAUAGUAACAAGGUAACAAUAAUUAAAAAAAAAACGCAAAUAUUAUUUUAUUUUUAAUUGAUGGAAACCUGUUUUCAUUUUCAGGCUUCUAUUUGCCGCUGUGCACAACCAUUAUCUGGAUUUAAUGCUAGGUGUAUGGAAGAUGAACAACUUCUUACAUGUGUACUGUAUACAAAUCCAGGUAGUGAAUACAUGUAUGUUGUUGAUACUAGACCAAAGGUAAUUUAAUCAUCAUAAUAAUAAAAAUAUAUUAUAUUUUUGUAAAAUAUAUUAUUAUUGAUAAAUUAUUUACUUUUAGAUUAAUGCUAUGGCAAAUCGAGCAACUGGAAAAGGAUAUGAAAAUGAAAACUUUUAUGAUAGUAUUAAAUUUCAUUUUCUAGGUAUAGAAAAUAUUCAUGUAAUGAGAAGUAGCUUGUCUAAAGUUGUAGAUUGUAAGUAUUAUCAUUAUAAGGUAUACAUAUCUUUUUUUAAUUGAUUAUAUUAUUUUAUAAUAACUUAAUUAGUGUGUGAACAACGGAGUCUUUCUAUGUCUCAAUUUAUUGGAGGUCUAGACAAUAGUGGUUGGUUGCGUCAUAUCAAAACCAUUCUUGAUACUUCAGCUUUUAUAUGUCAAGCAGUUAAUGGUGGUAAAUCUGUUGUGGUCCAUUGCUCAGAUGGAUGGGAUCGAACAGCUCAAGUUUGUUCACUUUCUUCAUUAAUGUUAGACCCAUAUUAUCGCACACUUCAAGGAUUCCAGGUAUCAAGUUCACUGAAUACUAAAAAAAAUUAAUAGCUUAUAUAUUAAUUAUUAAAUUAUAUUUAGGCACUUAUUGAAAAAGAUUGGUUAGCUUUUGGUCACAAAUUUAAUGAUCGGUGUGGCCAUAUUGCUGGUGACUCAAAAGAAAUCUCUCCUGUGUUUACACAAUUUGUAGAAGCAACAUGGCAACUCACAAUGAUUCAACCUACAACAUUUGAAUUUAAUGAACGAUUUUUGUUAGUUUUACAUGAUCAUGUAACUUCUUGUCAAUAUGGAACAUUUAUUGGAAAUUGUGAAAAAGAACGCGGUGAUCUCAAGUAAUUAUUUUAAUCAUAUUUAUUAAGUAAUAAAAAAUAAACUUUUAAAUAACUGUUUUUAGGCUAAAGGAUCGCACAUUUUCUUUCUGGGGUUAUGUUGAUGAACAUAAAAAAGAAUUUUUAAAUCCUCUUUUUAGUGCUCGAGCAGAAACUAUUAUCCCAGAUUUAUCUCCUCAGAAUAUAAGGUUUUGGCGAGGAAUGUACUGUCGAUUUGAAAAUGGAGUUCAUCCACGUGAACAUGUGUAUGAUAUUUUACUGGCCACUAGUGAACAAACAAAAUCUCUUGAUGACCAUGUAAAAUUCCUUCAGAAAAGAUUAUCAUAUUUUAAACGCAAAAUAACAGAUGGUGCUGACAUGGUUAAAAACAGUCUUUUUUCAAAAGAAACUUGUAUAGAAUCUAUGAGUUAUAAUAAAGAGGACAAUAUUAUACAAUCUAUGAAUGAAACAUUUGAUAAUUUAACUAUUAUGGAACCAAAGUUAGAUGAAGCACAUAAAGUGGCUAUUGAGUGGAAAAGCUUACGAGAGGUCGUCUCCUGUGAAUGUUCUACUGAUUCCUCUACCAAAAAAGUAAUGAAUAUUUUUCAAUAUAUUUUCUAACAGGGGAUAUGUAUACUUUUAUACUAAUAUUUUUACUUUAUCUGUAGUAUCAUUGUUGGAAAUGUGGCAAUGUGUUUUGCACUCGCUGUAUAGAUAUGAAUGUUUCAUUACCUGGUCAUCUUAGCCAAAAUCCUGUACCAGUGUGUCAUGGAUGUCGUAAAAUUGUAUCAAGAUCAUCAACAGAGUCUUCUUAAACUCGUGUUAUUAUUUAUUAAUUUAUCUUACUCAAAUCUAGACCAACUUAAUAUCUAUACUAUUAUAAUAAAAUUUAUUUACAUAUUAUGUGAAUAAAUAGUAUUAUUACAAUUAUAAAUUAAUCAAUUUGUUUACAUUAUGAACAUAGAAAAUAGAUAUUCAAUUUUUGAAUAAUCAGUUACCUAUCUUUUAUGUUAAAAUUAUCGCUAGAAUUAAGAUAGCUGCACAAUAAUUCCUAAAUUAGAAACAUUUAAUAGUUAUAUAUUUUAUUGUAACAAUAAUAGGUUGUAAUUUUGUUGAACCAUGAUUCAUGAGCAACUAGAAUUGUAGCACAAAUGUUAUUUAUAUAUUUACAAGACAUUAUUUUUUUCUUUUUUCAUUUAAUGAGUAUAUACUUUAUAAUAUUUAUGACAGUUAAAAUAAUUUCAUUAUAAUAUAUUUAUUUUAGAAAUAUUCAUAUUUUAAUUAUGUAUUUAAAUUACAUGCAAAUAAAGUGAGAGCAAUAUGUUAAAGUUUAUACCUAGAAAAUUGUGUUUGUCUAAGUUAUUGUGUCUAUAAGUUGUCUUAUGAUAUUUAGCUUAAGCUUAAGAGGAUGUUAUACAUGCAUUUGUGGUUUCCAUCAUAUAAACACAAGAUAAAAUAAAAAUAUGUUUACUCAAAGUACACAGAACUUGCUUAGUUUAGGUUUCAAGCACCUAUUAUGAAAUUAAUAUAGAACAAUAUUUCA